CUAGCUACCACCUAUUACUUCCAACGAAAUAGUAGUGUUUUGUUUUUUGAACUUUUGAAAUAGUAGUGUUUUAAUACAAAAUUAUCUUAAUCAUCAAAUGUGAGACUCUUUUCUUGUUAUGACUUCUAAAUAUUUUUUAAUCUACGUGCUGUGUGUUUCAAUUAAUUUAUUAUGUAAAUAGGAUAUGCAUGUGAAGAAUCUCUAUCAUGAGUACUAAAUUAGCGUCGUCUCUUUGCAUAACUACGCCUUGUUAACGUUUUCACAUGCGUUUGAACUUUGAUUGUACAUAACUCACAGUAAAUGUUUUUUUUUUACAAAUAACAUUUUGGAAAAAAACAAAUGUUGAAAAUUCGUGUUAUCUUUAACCGCGAACUUGAACUACAUGCAUUUGAAACAACAACACAAUUAAAUAGUUUCUUCGGUACUAUGAUAUUCUCUUUUUCGGGGAAAGAGUUUAUUUCUUCGAUAUAUCCACCUUGAUUCUAUUUAUUUAGUUGCUUUGCCUUAUUAUGGGACAGCCAAAAAUCAUGUCUUUAUUUUGUUUUAGAAAAAUCUUUAAAACAUCACAACUAGGUUUUUGACGACUAAGUAUUUUUUAACAAGUAUAAGCCAUUUCUCAAAAAAAAAGAAAAAAGUAUUUCUUAACAUACACUCAUUCACAUCCGGAAAAUCAAUUUGCUUUUUUCGAUCAAUAUCAGUAUUCCCUCUAUUCCUAAAUAUAAGAUUUUUUAGGUAAAACACACUUAUUAAGAAAGUUAUUUUUUAUCUAAAAAGUAUCAUUAAAAUUUUAAAUUAAAAAAUAUUCAAACAAUUACAAAAUGAAACUAUUAAAUUUGAUUGGUUACACAGUUUUUGAUAAACUUACAGCUACCUAAAAAUAUGAGAACAUCUUACAUAUUGAAACAUAAAAACUAUUCUAAAGAUCCUAUAUUUAUGAACAGAUGGAGUAUAUUGUUAAUAAUUAUGAACCAAAAUCUUCUUAUUUACUUUACAUACAUAAAAUUUAAACAUCAAGAUAUAGAACACGUGAAGCUAUAAGUUUUUUUUUCUUACAAAACGUCCAUGAAUUGACGAGAUAGUUCUAAAACACUAGCUACUAGUAUUAUUUUAUUUGAUGAAUAUUCAAGUAAAAUAAAGCGUACCCAUUUCACAAUUCACACUACAUAGUGACUUACAUGCAUUGAUCCUCUACCAAAAAGAAACCCUUUUUCUUUAGUUUUCCAAAUACCAAUCUCUUCUUUUUCUCAACUUUUUCUUUCUUGGCUUUUUUCUUCCCUGAUAGAAACUUUCUUCAGUCAAAAAUUAAGAGCUUUAAAUUAAAACUUCCACUAAGGUUUAUACGUAUACAUACUCCUCAUAUAUAUAUAGAUUCACACACGUUGUUUUCUCUUCUCCCUUAACUGUCUUAAAAAUGGUAUCAAAAGGAAAGAAACCAAUAAGAGGAACACCUACAAGAAGAAUAAAAAGAAUCAAGAACCCAUCUUCUCCAUGUAGUAUCAACAGUGAAGUCACUUCAACGUCAUCAUCUACUUCAAUAUCCUCAACCGCUACGUCAACGUCGCCCAGUGGAUGUUGUACUCCGAUAUCUAAGAAGUCACGAAUACCGGAGAUGCUGACGUGUCCGCCAGCUCCGAAGAAGCAAAGGGUGGCGCAAAACUUUGCUUCGAGGAGGAGACAAAUCUCUUUCUUUGCUCCUCCAGAUGUAGAGCUCUUCUUUGUUUUUGCACUUGGUCAUAAUCAUGGUCAAGAAAACGAUAAAUAAGUUAAGUUUUAAUUAGGGUUCUGUGGUCAUAAUCAUGGUAUAAUCAAUCUCAAGCUUCUAGUUGGAUUUAAAUACAAUAACUGAAGGUAUCAGGCUGGAAGGUAUAUUAAGAGAGUUUACUAGCUUAGUGUGAUGUUUUGGCUUCUUUUUUCUUCUAUCUUUCUUUUUCCCCUCUUUGGUUCUUUUUUUUGGUUGGGUGAUUUUGAAUUUGUGGUAAGGUAUAAUUCAUCAAAUACCCUAUCUCUUUUUUAAUUAGUUAUAUUGUAACUUUUGUUUAUGGGUUCUGUAAUUGAAUGAUGCUUGCUAACAUUUCGGGCUUGAUAGCUUUGCAUUUUGCUUGUAUUUUGGUUUAAUCUAGUUACUAGUUGGGCAUACUUUAUUUGUUUUGCUCAUAAGAAAAUACUUCUUAAAUAUAUUUUAUUUUAUAAUGUGUACAUGAAAAUUCAUAUGAUGAAGUGACAACACAUUUAUCAGAUUGAUAGCUUAAAUUCAAAACUUCUGAUCCGAGUUUAUUUUGUGUUAAA